UAGGACCCCUUUUCUUUUCUUUCAAUUUCUUUUUUUCUUUUUUAUUUUGUUUUAUUUAAUUUUAUUUAUUUUUGAGGCGCAUAUUUUAGAGAGUCCCCUGCUAGGGUCUGAUCCAAUCCGACUCUCACAAAAAACUGUUCCAACUGUCGCCGACUUGCUGUCGGAUUUCAUUUCCGAACGAUCGUCACCAUUCGUUUUCUUCUGGUUUUUCCACUGAGACUUUUUUUUUUUUUUUGGUUUUUUUUUUCCUUCCCUCCUUGAUCCUUUCUGAGAGAUAUGUGCUUCGUCGUCUUCUCACGGAGUCUUCGAUGUUCCUCUGUCAAUCGCCGAUUGGUCGGACCGUUGAUCCGAUUUGGUUGGCUAGCGUUGCGCUCAAGCAACUCUUUAUUUCCUCGGCGCUGAUCGUAGUAGAUCGUGAAGGAGUUGACGUUCUUCUUUUGAAAUCAUCGUCGUUUUACCUCCGAUUCGCUUAAAGUUACGGUUCUGAGAUUUGAUUCGAUUUCGAUUGUUGAGGAGACGUUUUUCAAUUUUUCGUUUCGAUUCGUGAUUUUGCCCCCCCACCCCCUUCUUUUUUUUUUGGUUGGUUUUUGAGUUGAGGAUUUGAGCUCUGAAGGAGUUGGAGAUUUGAAGUUCGGGAGCGGAUCUUGAACUAAGAGCUUCAAAUCUUGCAAGUUUAGUAGUAGUAGACGUUCGAGUUUUUUUGUGCCUCAAGUGUGAAAGUUUUGUUGGUUAAAAGUGUUCUUUUUUUUUUUUUUUUUUUUUUUUCGCUGCGUUUAUAUUUUCUAUUUUUGAGAGCGAGAUGGAAAAUCAACACACAAGCAGAGUUCAUAUUGGCAUGUCUGAUGUCGUUUUGGGCUGCGUCAUACCCUAUAUCGAAGACCCAAAGGACCGCGACGCCGUGUCGCUGGUGUGCCGGCGAUGGUACGAGCUCGACGCGCUCACUCGGAAGCACGUGACCAUCGCACUCUGCUACACGACCAGCCCCGAUCGGCUCCGAAAGAGGUUUCAGCAUCUGGAAUCUCUGAAACUGAAAGGGAAGCCCAGAGCCGCCAUGUUCAAUCUGAUUCCGGAGGAUUGGGGAGGCUACGUAACCCCGUGGGUCAGAGAGAUUGCUGAGUCUUUUAAUUGCUUGAAGUCGCUUCACUUUCGGCGAAUGAUUGUCAAGGAUUCCGACCUUGAACUCCUGGCUCGUUCCCGAGGUCACGUGCUUCAGGUGCUUAAGCUCGAUAAGUGCUCGGGAUUUUCCACCGAUGGCCUUUUGCAUAUUGGUCGCUUCUGCAGGAAUUUAAAAACUUUGUUUUUGGAGGAAAGCACGAUAAUUGAGAAAGAUGGCGAAUGGCUACAUGAACUUGCUACAAACAACACUGUUCUUGAGACUUUGAACUUCUAUAUGACGGAACUUGCCAAAGUACAAUAUCAAGACCUCGAGCUCAUAGCCAGAAAUUGUCGCUCCUUGCUUUCAGUGAAAAUUAGUGACUGUGAAAUCCUGGAACUAGUGGAUUUCUUUCGUGCUGCAUCUGUUUUGGAGGAAUUUUGUGGGGGUUCCUUCAAUGAACAACCAGAGAACUACACUUCUGUAUCAUUACCCCAAAGAUUAUGCCGUUUGGGUCUAACGUAUAUGGGAAAGAAUGAAAUGCCAAUUGUAUUCCCAUUUGCAUCCUUACUCAAAAAGUUGGAUCUUCUGUAUGCCCUGCUUGACACAGAUGAUCAUUGCAUGUUAAUUCAAAGGUGUCCCAACUUAGAAGUGCUUGAGACGAGGAAUGUUAUUGGAGAUAGAGGCCUAGAAGUUCUUGCUCUAAGUUGCAAAAGAUUAAAGAGGCUUAGAAUUGAGCGAGGUGCUGAUGAACAGGGGAUGGAGGAUGAAGGAGGUCUUGUUUCUCAAAGAGGUUUGAUUGCUUUGGCUCAGGGCUGUCUUGAACUGGAAUACUUGGCUGUCUAUGUAUCUGAUAUAUCAAAUGCAUCUCUGGAAAAUAUUGGGUCUUACUCUAAAAAUCUUUCUGAUUUUCGUCUUGUCCUGCUUGACCGAGAAGAGAGGAUUACAGAUUUACCACUUGACAAUGGUGUCCGAGCUCUGUUGAGGGGCUGUGAAAAGCUCAGAAGGUUUGCUCUGUAUCUCCGACAUGGGGGCUUGACUGAUGUUGGUCUUGGUUAUAUUGGGCGAUACAGUCAAAAUGUGAGAUGGAUGCUUCUUGGUUAUGUUGGAGAGUCUGAUCGUGGACUUUUGGAGUUCUCUAGAGGUUGCCCCAGCCUGCAAAAACUUGAAAUGAGGGGCUGUUGUUUCAGUGAGCAUGCACUGGCUGUUUCAGUGACGCAACUUUCUUCCCUAAGGUACUUAUGGGUGCAGGGGUAUAGAGCAUCAUCUUCAACAGGUCGAGAUCUUUUAGCCAUGGUUCGUCCAUUUUGGAAUAUCGAGUUAAUUCCUCCUAGAAAGCUUCAUGUCACUAAUCAUCUUGGGGAGACCGUAUUGGCUGAUCAUCCAUCUCACAUACUUGCAUACUAUUCCCUGGCUGGACAGAGAACAGAUUUUCCAGAUACUGUUACUCCCUUGGAUCCGGCAUCCUUCAUUACCUCAUAGAGCUGUAUAUACAACUUUCCCAACGAAGUCUUUUUCUUGCCACGCCUUUGUUUAUAAAUUCAUGUAACUUUUUUUCCCUUCUUGGUAACGUUGUUUUCCUUUUCAGAUUUCUCUUUUUGAUUUUAUUUCUAGACUUUAGUGCUGUAAUAAGUUUGUGUCUUGUUGUGUAAUCUGAAAGCACUUGAACGCUUUUGAUGAAAUACGUUCUCUUUCUCUCGACUCCUGCACCGGGGGGCAGUUAGAUUAAAUUCCAACACUGUGGGUGACAUGUAUUUUUAUCUCUAUGAGUCAAAUCUUACUGGAAAUCAUUGUUCUUGUGAUCAUAAUGUAGGGGUAACUGCACCUGUGAAUAAAAUUGGAUAGUGUUAUCUUCUUGACCUUA